GAAAUGCAAAACGACCGAUCUCUGGCGGUCCGUUCAAGUUCAGCGAGUUUUCAGUUCUGGUGAGGGGUGUGAAUCAACAGCCCCACCAGUUUGAUACUAGCUUCCCACCACAGACAGAUUCUUCUCGUUAGUAAUGGAGCAUGGAAAGGAGAGGGUGGUGGCGUUAGUCGACAUGGACUGCUUUUACGUGCAGGUGGAGCAGAGGCUGAAUCCAGCUCUGAGGAAUACUCCCUGUGUUGUGGCCCAGUACAAGACGUGGAAAGGAGGCAGUAUUAUAGCUGUGAGCUACGAGGCCCGGGCCCACGGUGUCACCAGGAACAUGUGGGUGGAUGAUGCAAAAAAACUGUGCCCAGACCUCCAGGUGGCACGAGUGCGUGAGUCUCAUGGCAAGGCAGACUUGACAAACUACAGGGAAGCGAGUGUGGAGGUGAUUGAGGUCAUGUCUCGUUUUGCUGUGAUUGAGAGAGCUAGCAUUGACGAGGCCUACAUGGAUUUGACUGCUGCCGUGCAACAGCGACUUAAAAAUACGACUGACAAACAAAUCGAGCCUUCCCUCUUGAGGACUACCUACAUCCAGGGGUACCCACAAAGUUCACCUGGACUGGAACAAUCUGCAGAGGACGCUGUGCUGGAUAAAGAGGAACAGCGAUCCAGAGGUCUCCAGCAGUGGCUGGAAUCCUUAACUUUCCCAUCAGUAGGUGAGCAGAGCUCUGCAGAACUGCAGCUAACUGUAGGGGCACUCAUUGUUGAGGAAAUGAGAGCAGCUGUGGAGAAACACACAGGUUUCCGCUGUUCUGCAGGAAUAUCACACAACAAGGUAUUGGCCAAACUAGCGUGUGGUCUGAACAAGCCCAACAGACAAACUGUUCUGCCCUUGGACUCUGUGGCAGAACUUUUCAGCAGUCUACCCAUUGGCAAGAUCCGUAACCUGGGAGGUAAGCUGGGAGCGUCGAUCACAGAAACUCUGGGAAUAGAGAACAUGGGAGAUCUUACUCGCUUCUCUCAGGCUCAACUGGAGCAGCACUUUGGGGACAAAACAGGCCAGUGGCUGUAUGACUUGUGCCGGGGGAUUGAGUUUGAACCUGUGAAACCCAGACAGCUUCCAAAGUCCAUUGGCUGCAGUAAAAACUUUCCUGGGAAGACAUCGCUUGCUACUAAAGAGCAGGUACAGUACUGGCUUCAUCAACUGUCCCUUGAGUUGGAAGAGAGGCUGACCAAGGACAGAGAAGUGAAUGGUCGAGUGGCUAAGCUGCUAACAGUCGGUGUACGUCAGCUUGGUGACAAGAGGCCGAGCAGCUUCUCUCGAUGCUGUGCUUUAGUGCGCUACGAGGCGGCCAAAAUGUCCAGUGACAGCUUUGCCAUUAUCAAGAGUCUCAACACAGCAGGAAACCACCAGACUGCAUGGACUCCACCCCUCACCAUGCUACAACUCUCAGCUAGUAAAUUCAGUGAUGCUCCAUCAGCAGGGGGGAUUGAGGGCUUUCUUUCCGGUGAUAGCUCUUCAAGCCAGCUGCCCCGUGAACCAAAAAACGGCUCCCCGUGCAAACAGCCGGGCACCAUCCAGUCCUUCUUUCAAAAGGCAGCUGAGAAACAAAACCAGAAGGUUAGAAAGGGUGCUGACGAUGAAGAGAAUGCUGGUUCUGACUCCACUGAAGUUCUCCCACCUUCCUCCCGUCACAGUAUUUGUUCUGCUGAUAGUCAGCUAGAGACAGACAACAACCAUCCUGCUUCCUCAUUUGCACCUGUUUCUCAGUCCAAAAUUGGUUCACCCAGCCCCCACACAGGCAUUUCCUCUUUCUUCCGCAUGAAGACCUUUGAAAGAAGCCUUCAGGUUUCAGUGUCAACACCAAAUAAGCCUGAAACAGGACACAUGCUGGGACCUGUUGAUAAGGAAGACACUGAAGAUACUGUUACUGUUGUGUCAGGCCUACAGUCAAAACCUUGCUCAAAGAUUAUGUCUCAUGAGUUGCCAUGUGAAAAGUUAAGGAAUGAAUUGGACAUCGAUUCACAGUCAGAUCACCCUCCUCCCAGUGUGGUCAGUGAAGAUGUGAUAAUCUGUGAACGCUGUGGUCAGGAGGUGUUAGCCUGGGAAAUGCCAGAGCACAAUGACUAUCACUUUGCCCUGGACCUCCAGCAGUCACUCUCUUCAUCUUCAGGUGCACCAACCAUCACUUCCUCAUCUUCUUCCGGUACUUCUCCAAGUCCUCUCAGAGCAGAAGCAACGGGCACAGCCCAGUCCUCCCGUGGCAAGACAAAAACUAGAGGCCAGUCGGGACCAGCACCAAAAAGGCACCGCUCCCACGGUGCAAGUACAGGCACGCUGGAUUCAUUCUUCAAGAAGAACUGAAGAUGUUCUGCACAACUGCGGUUUUAAAUUAUGUGAAAAAUAGUUCUGAUUGUGCACAUUUUUAAAUAAUGUUUGUUUGAAAAGCCAUAUGCUAAAACAUCAGAAGUUGUUUUGAAGUUAUCAUUGUUGAUGUGCUUUAUAUGAUAAGUGUGUGCAAAUUAAAGAAAGAGAAUAUUUUUAAAAUUUAUUUAACAUAUGCCUUUUAAUGAUGAAUAAAAAGCCAAUCUU